AUGUCUCAACAACCGAGCAAACGGCAAAAACUAGAUAGCGGAAGGAGCGCCAGGGACGACCGCAUAAUCAGGCAAGUCAUUCUGGAGGAGCUUGACGUGGAGAUCGGCUUGCGUGAAAGACUGGCUCGGAUCCUCCGUGGAAGGCUUGCUUGGGCUACCUCCCUCAAGACGGCUUUAACCACCGAUGGUGUUGGGUUUGGAGAGGUCGAAUUCCGUAGCGACGCCGUGGAGACAUUGGAGGCUAUAGAGUCGGAAUGCGACCUGAUCUUCGCCAGACCUUCGAAGCCUAUGGUCGCGCCCAGAGAUGCUAUGCGAUUUGUGCAGCAUCUCGAUGAUCAGCAUUCACGCUCUACGCGUUCUCGUCCACCUGUCGUUAAGAGUGAAUUGCCUCCUGCGCAACUUCUUUUCAUCCGCGACGACAAUGCUUCUCCAGCCACAGUUGCAAAAAUGGGACUCUUGAACCAUUGCCGUCUGGCACACCAGCGCCACUUCAGCAAUCACGACGAAUGCAUGCAAGCGUGUGCAACGGUCAUAACUUCCGCAGAGGAGAAGGACUGGACGGUGGCACAUGGGGCCGAGAUAAGCGGCAUUUCGCGGCCGAGUGUGCGGCGGUUGUUUGAGAUCGCGGUAGGGCGCGGCGAUGCGCUGCGACUGUUGGGACACGACGUCGUUCAACACCGCAGGCAGUCUGGAGACGCUAUUACACCCACACUCAAGACUCACCUCUCGCAGACCCUCGGUCAUCACGAAGACAGUCCUGCCUUGGCACCAUUCCUGGGCAGAGCUCCUAAACGGCGAUGUAUCAACGUGUAUGACGAAGACAACGACAUCGAUAUUACAGGGGGCAUCAACAGUGAUACUCGACACGAGGCCGCAGCAUGGCGCAUGCUCUACCACCAUCGUAGUAAUGUUGAAGAGGGCGAUGAGCCCAUAGAUAUUUCUACGGACUGGGAAGUACCCUUGCAAGAAGCGGUGAUGCUUCCUGCUACGGCCGGCGGGGUUCCUCGUGGAGGGCAGAGUCGUUUCCACAUGGCAGCUCGUAUCAUCGUUGCCGAUCGUAGCGUAUGGAUCCCCCCAGAUCUUCGAAAUCCCUUACACCCACAUCACACGCACCGUUGGAUGAUUUCCGUAGAUUCCCCAUCCUAUAGCACCCAUAUCACAUCGUUCCUUACCCGAAUGACUGUUACGUGCCUGACUGAUCCACCACCGUCUACGCUUUUGGAACCGAUCAGCUUAGACAACCCGCCAUUCGCAAUUGUCAGCUCGACUGAUAGACCUUUCCUGGCCAAGGUCACACUUACAUGGACCGAACCCCGCACUUUGAACCCGCCGCUUGAUAUUGAGCACUGGGUGGAGCUCGACCCAUUCAAGUCUGCAACUGCCGUUCUUGGGGAAGAACAAGUGCUGGAUGUGGAACUAGAUCGCAACACCGAGCUUUUACCCGCUAAGGAAAAUAAGAUAUCAAGGAGGUGGGAAAACACGAGUAUGCACCAGCAACCGAGAGCGCGUUCCCGGACCGCGGCUACUGAGGAUGAUAGGCAAGAACACUCGUUGAGAGACGCAUAUCAAAGGGACAGAUCGAGCUCGGUCGACGAUCGGGAGCGACUGAUUCCAUUGAGUACUGCAGACGUGUACAGAUGGCUCGAAGACGAAGGCCAAUUCGUCCGUGCCGCCGCCACUGCCAAACGGAAGAUGCCUGGUCCUAACGAUGGCGCGAGCACUACCCCCGGAGCGACCAGCAUCCCAGCUAUGUCAGUCCAAUGCUGUCACAUCUGCGGACUGUCGCAUGGAAUAUCUAUCGCAUCCGACGUCAAGCAAGAGGCGGAGUGUUCGGACACUAUGCGGGGUGAAGUGAAGCCCAAAGAACUAUUGCCCAAGCCCGCGGUCGCCUGCCCUCUUCUGCCCUGGCACCGGACCAGAAUGCCGAUCUUAGACGUGGUCAGGGCUAUGGCUCCGGUCCUGGACUUCGGCGAUCCGCCGUGUAACCUCCACCCGAACCUUCUCUCGGUGCCACCGAUCGAGGCUUCCUCUCGUUGCCGAGAUCUGCUACAUCCCCGUGGCCUCGUGGCAUCCGCGGAUCCGCAGUUGACGCUAGCAGUGCAGCGUAUCGUCAGUUUCCCAGAGGCAGCUUCGAGGGAAUCUGCAGACGAUCACAUGGGACCUCCUGUUGUCGCCUCGUGGACCCGUGCGGAAGCCGAAGAGUACCUAGCCCCGUUCGCUCUAAUGGCACACUUGGUGCGGCCGCUCAUAGGAGAGCUCGUCGGUAACGCCAUCCGUGUUGCAAGGACGGAUGAGGAGGUUUUGAAGGCGACAGGCCAACGAAUCGGAGGAUCUCCAGUGACAGGCCAACCACGCAAAACUCAGAUGCUGACACCUUCUCAUGUCCUGCGCGGCCUGACGCAUACUCGGUCUGCGGCUUUCCUCGCGUUCUCGAGACUCGGUAUCGAAACGCAGGAGACCGACGUAACGAAGGAUCGGUUCCCGAAUCAGGAUACCGGUUCUGGACCCGGGGACCGUAUCAAAACCGAAGACGCUUAAGCACGUGUGCGGGGAAGAGACUUGAAUUUAUCGCUUAGAUUGGCGUGGCGAACAGCAGAUUCCCGGAGUCGCCGCGUCGCACCUUCGCCAUCGAGUUUGUGAUUAAAACACGCAGUCUAUGGUAGUUGCUCCCAAUGUACUCUCAAGUUCACGAUGUCUCAUAUCAAGCCAUGAGAUAGCUUGAAUAGCACAAUACAGUCG